AUGGCAGGCAGUAAGUUGGUGCUAGAAGGAAGAGUAAGUAUAAAAAGCUUUAUAUUAGGGCUCAGCGUGGUCAUAAUCCCUUUGGUCAGAACCUGGUUUGGACAUCUCGACUGGGUUUUUGAUUAUCUAACGGAAACUCCCGGGAAAAUAGCUAUUAGCAUCUACAUAGCAGUUAUCAACGGCCUCUUGCUCAUCACAUACAGAGGACCUCUGUACAAGGUGGCUGUGAGAGCCUGCUUUCUGGGAGUCACUUUUGGCUGCGGCUUAGUUAUAAGCUGCUCUGAAACCACCUGGACACAAUUUGGCUGGUACAUGUGCUCCCUGUCGUUCUUCCACUACUCAGAGUACCUGGUGACGGCCAUCAUUAACCCUCGCAGCCUGUCGCUGGACUCGUUCCUGCUCAACCACAGUGUGGAGUACACCCUGGCUGCUGUCUCAUCGUGGGUGGAGUUCACUGUGGAGAAGCUUAUAGUUCCAGAUAUGAAGCAGCUGAACUGGUUGGGUUUAUUGGGUCUCUUUAUGGUGCUGUGUGGCGAGGGUCUGCGCAAGGCGGCCAUGUUGACGGCCGGCUCCAACUUCAACCACAUCGUCCAGAAUGAAAAGGCCCAGAGCCACGUCCUGGUGACUGAUGGAGUCUACUCCUACUUCAGACACCCCUCCUAUGUGGGCUGGUUCUACUGGAGCAUAGGAACACAGGUCAUGUUGUGUAACCCUGUGUGUAUACUGGGCUACACGAUAGCCAGCUGGAGGUUCUUUCGGGAGCGGAUCGAGGAGGAGGAGCUCUCCCUCAUUCAUUUCUUUGCAGAGGACUAUGUGGAGUACAAGAAGAGGGUUGCUACCGGGCUGCCUUUCAUCUCAGGAAUCCGCGUCAACUAGACCAAGCAGCUGGAUACUGGACCUAACAGACUUAAAGCACUGAAGCAGGUCAGACCUGGUGGAUGUGUGGCAUUAGCCGUGGCUGCCCUCCAGAGGAGGGGGGGGGGGGGGUGACCGUGCAGCUGGCUGAGUCCUGUAGCUCACAGACAGAGACCCUGACAGCUGGUGCAGCGGUAGGCAGCUGGGCUGCUGUUUUUCUACCAACCUCCAUAGUCCACUUAGAAAGGCCAGACGACCAAUGAAUUCCAUGUAUUCCAAUAGCACUCGCUCCAUCUGUUUCACUUGUUUCUGUUUGCAUGCUCUGACCAUGCUUGGUGUUAACUGAUGACCUGUUGUGUUGAAGAAUGAUGAGUCAGCAGAGAGUGAAACGAGCCGUCUUUGAUGUUGAUGUUGUUAUAAUGAAUGUUUCAGCUUCACAGGAAAUCCACCAGCUUCAAAAGGUGUGAUUAUGUUUAUUAAUAUUUCCACUGAAAUCUGUCAUCUGAAUAUAAAAGCUCCUCACCCUCCACUCUAGAUCUAUAAACCAAGACCAGUUUCAGGACUUGAGGCAGGCCAGUUCUGUAUGAAAUGUGCAGGAAAAAUGACAUGGGUUUAGAUUGAGUUUAAAACUCCUCAGGUCCAUUUUGGAUCAGGUGUUGUCUUUUUAGUUUUCUUUGUAAAUGAAUUUAUUCCUGUCGUUUUUCCUCAUCUGUUUCACAUUAGAUCUGUGAGUGAAGAUCUCUCCUCUGUACUGUCUAAAGAUGUCACUGGAUGACAGCUGUCAUCAUUUUGGAUUCACAACAGUUACAAAAAAACAAAAACGGGUCAAAACAAAAAUGAUUGUAGAAACCAAGUCAUGCUAUAGUUCCAAAGCUCCAACAUACGUAACAUAUGUAUCAAUGUAAGCAACAGCUGUGACACAUACACAUAUACAUAUACAUCACUGCAGUAUUCCUGAAGUGUCCCUCGUAACUAUUUUCUUUUUCAAAGGUGGAGAAGCCUCUCAAACAGUCCAGAACAUGGAUGUCCACUGAAAACCAGAGGAAAGGGAACAUUAGAUUAUAUAAAGUUUUCAUUUAAAAGUUUAUCCACAAAAAAUAGUAUUUGUAUCAGGUUUUUUAAGGCAGUACAAUCCUUGUAGUGGAGCUCCAUCACUUAGUUAGACAGUGACUGAAUAUACUGGCUGCUCUAUGUCUUAACACUGUAAUCCACUCAGGCUAAAACACUUCAGCCACUAGUCACACCUGUUGCUUUGUAUGACACAUACAUUUCAGGUGUUUUUUGGACUCAUUUGAUAUUGAAGCUACCAUUCUUAGUCUCAUUUUUUUCCUACAUUUAAUUUAUUUGGUCACAUUUGUGUACACAGAGGUAUGAAAAAAUAGAUAAUUAAUAUUGAUCAUUACCUCCUGUGUUGUAGCAUCAGUUGUUUUCUUUUUCUUUUCUUUUCUUUUUUAAGAAUGAGAACUUUGCAGAACAGCACCAUGUCCUCUCAUUUCCAUCAGCAUGAGUUCAUUAUCAUUGUGUUCUUCUGUUCACCUUUCAUGCUCACUUUGUGCUAGAAAGCAACCAAAUGACUGAGUUGUGUGUUGUAAAGGCUUACAGAGAGAGGCUGAGUCUCUACAAACCUACUGGUCCCACUGUGUGAUGGAGAGAUUUGGUAAACAUAGUCUGCAAAGAUGCUCUGUAUGUAAAGUUUAUGUUUUUAAAGGUACCCUGUGGAGUCUCUGACCACUAGUGGCACUGUAGUGCAUGAGGAGUGUGUCUGUGUUUGUUUACAAAAAAAUAAAAUAUUAAUGGCUUCACAGGGUAACUUUUAGAAAAGAAUUUUUCUUUUUCAGAAUGUGUUAGAAUACAUGAUUUGGGGAAAUUGUGCCAUUGGUCACCUUGUAUACAAACAAAUAGGGGGGGUCAUUAUUAAUAUAUCCCAAAAUAUAAUAAAAUAAAGGGCAAAUUUAUCUCAGAGCUUUAUAGUAUGUACAGAAUACCCUUGAUUAAAAUGUUCUGCUCAUUUGUGUGCAUGAAUGAUUAAUUCAAGAGUGAAUAUGAAGUAGUUGAGAGUUUUUAACAUGAAUUUGAGAGUAGGAAAUAUGAAUCCUAGCGCACUAUUUAUUCAGACAAAUGAGUUUUUAGUUUCCUUGGGCCUCUGUAGUUGGCACAGUUUGAAUGUUCCCUUUGGAGUUGAUCCUGAAGUAAACAAUCCUAAAUGAAUAACCAUUUUCAUUGGUUAUUGUACAGACU